UCUCCAUUUGACAGGAUGUCGUACAGAGUACAGGUAAUGAUUCUCCAUUUGACAGGAUGUAGUACAGAGUACAGAUUUGAGGUCAACAACUUCUGCAACAUGGGUGGUGGAUAUCUCUUAAUUGAUGAUGUGACGUUCACUGAGAAGAAGACAAACAGAAUCUCUGUCUUGAUGUUGAUUCUCUGUCUUCACUGUGGACUGGUGAAACAGAACACGAUUUUCCCACUGGACAUGGCACCUGAUUCCGUUGAUGACAAAUACGAUGGCUGCAGAGACGAAGCCUUCAAGAGGGUGGAUGACUACUACCUCCCACAUGAGAAAAACACCACCACUAACUUCAGAAGAGCCUGGGACAUAGCAGAGAAACAUGCAUCCAUUCCAACAGAUGGUCUGCAGAAAGUGCAUUCCGUCUCUAUGUAUUUGUACACAAAUAACAAACCCCAACCUCCUUCUGAAUCCAUCUACAUAGACUUCAACAAAGCAGUUCGACAAGGCAGGUAUGGUUAUGGAACAUCAUUCCAGUACCAUUCCCUGCACUUCUAUCUGACUGACGCCAUGCAGAUUCUCAAACAAAGUCAAACAACAUGUUGGACCACCUACCGUAGAACCAAUGUAACUUUUGAUCGGGAUGUUGUCAACAAAGAAAUGCGCUUUGGUUAUUUUGCCUCAAGUUCUUUACAUAAGAGUUUAUAGGAUUUUGGAGACACAUCCUGCUUUGAGAUCAACACAUGUUUUGGUGUUAACUUGACAUAUUACUCUGCAUAUGCAAACGAGGGGGAAGUUUUGAUUCCUCCCUAUGAGGUAUUCAAAGUGACCAACAUCCAGACAAAGUCAGCAGUCAGCAACCUGUGGUGUAAAGUCGUGUACACUCUGAAGAGCACUGGGAAAUGGAAGAGUGACCUGAAUUGUAAAGCAAUAGAUACAGGCUACUGCUACAUGAAGCUACUAACCUUGUUCAUUGUCACAAUAGUGUUCAUAUAUUUACAACACUAAAAUAGUGAUUUUGUCAGACAGUAUAGGCAGCAGCUCUAUAGAGAUUAGAUGAUGACAUGGAAUGACAUACUAAAGUCAUAAAAUAAAACCAAUGUAACAGAAAUAUUUAAUUAAAGUAAUGUGAAUAAAUGUUGGAUAAAACCUAUUAAGUGAUAACAAGUAAUGGUCAGUCACUACCAUCAUGGGACUUUUACUAAUAGUUGUAUUAUGUGUUACAUCAUUCAACCUACA